AUGAGUACAGCUUUUCCAAUUUUCAGCUCUUUGGAAAUUUGUGAGGAGAGUUGUACAACAAGUCUUUCUCAUUGCCUUUUAGCUGGUCAUUCUGAUUUUUACGUGUGUAAACUUAAUAUUUCAUUAUUUGCCGGAAUUAUAGUUCUAGCCGUAGGCACAGGUGUCAUUAUUCCUUUAUCUAUUUUAUAUUGCUAUUUAAUGGAAUGUCGUCCUUUUUGUUCCAGAGCUGGCCCAGCUUCUGAUGAAGAGAGACAGGGUCUUCAUUCAUAUAAUGUGCAAGUUUCAAUCUCAGGGUCCGAUGAUGGAAGCUUAAUGCCGUCAGUUGUUCGGAGGGAAACAAGUCAAUUGUCUAAACAAUCUAAUCCCAGUACUCGGGAGGUAAAAUCAGUUGCCUAA